UCGAGUCUGCAAAUAAAACGGCCCUCGUCUCCGUCAUACACCGACUCACCGGCGGCGCCGUGCUCUUGGCGAUCUCGAAAGUCUCCGGCGGCUCCCCUGUCCGCGGCAUGGAGGAUCGCCCCGACGCCAAUAGGGGUGCCGCGGCGGCCAGGCUCCCAGACGAACUCAUUCUGGAGAUCCUCUGUCGCGUGCCCGCGAGGUCCAUGCACCGAUUCAAGUGCGUCUCGAAGCGCUGGCGCGAUCUAAUCGCCGAUCCCCUCAACCAGAAACGGCUCCCCCAGACCCUACAAGGCUUCUUCUGCAGCGACGGAGCCAGAUCCUACGGGCGCUUCAUCAGCCUGCCGGGGAGACCGGCGCCUCUCGUCGACCUUUCCUUCUCCUUCCUGACGAAGCAGCCCGAGAUGAGUAACAUAAAGCUCUUGGGUUCCUGCAAUGGUCUCGUCCUCUUCGAGCACCGCUCGGGUUCGGCCAGCACACCGUCCUACGCCGUGUGCAACCCCGCCACCGAGCAAUGGGUGGCCGUGCCCAGCUCCGGCGUCACCUCUCAUGUUGGCGGUGAAAUUUACUUGCUUUUUGAUCCGGCCGCGUCGACGCACUUCUACUUGUUGCGUAUCUGGCAGAAAUAUUGGCCGAGUGUUGGAGUUGAGGUGCGUGCCUACUCUUCUGAGACCAGGGGAUGGAGUGACCGCGUGAGUGAUGGAUUGGUCAAUGUUGGAAUGGCAACAGCCAGUUCAGGCCGCAUAGCCUUUGCCAAUGGUAUGCUGUAUUUUAUCAUCAAGGACAUGUGGAAAGGUGUUAGUCAGAUAGCUGCCAUGGGUAGGCAAGGUAAACCAAGGAUCAUCCCAUUGCCAGAUGGGGAUUUUUCUUUUACCCUUUUUGUUGCUCAGUCCCAAGGGCGCUUGCAUUGCAUGAGCAGACGUAAUGCUUACCCAAGGACUGAAAGUGGACUAUCCAUGAGGGUUCUUGACUAUAAUGCAGGACAUUGGGUCCUAAAACACAGUGUCAGGUUUUCAGAGUUGCUUGGAAAAAUGUGUGACCCGUCCAGGUUCACUGUGGUCAGUAUUCAUCCAGAUUGUGAUCGGGUUUUCUUUAUUCGGCACCGUAACGGGAAGGGGGACCGGCAAUGGAAACUGCUAUCUUAUGACAUGCGUAAUAAGGAAGUGCAUGCACUCCACAACUUUGGGCAUGCCUACUGCUUUCUUACACCAUACGUGCCAUAUUUUUCAGAGUCAUCGGUGCUUGCAAACAAGCAUUGAAGAUGUUGCUUAUGGGGUUCUUGUCAGGAUGUUAACCAAGAAUAUGUGAUAUUGGAAGUAUCAAGCAUCUAUCAACUUUAUUAGAUUUACUAGAAUCAGGCAAUGAAUUUCUUUGGUGCAUGGUUGUUUUCAGUCUCAUGCUUUUGGACUAGUUACCACAUGCAAUUGGGAGAUUAUGUAAGGUGGCUUUUCAUGUGCCUGUCAUAUUUAAUGAAUGCAGUUGACCAGCUUGUGAUGAUUUUCUUUUGA